CAUUUUCCAAAACUUCACACCUAUUUGGUUUCUAAAACUAGUCAACGAUCUUCACCAAACUCGCCUGAAAAAAUGGUGGAACUAAUGAAGAACCUAAGAUCAGAUACGUUGACUCUUGUAUUAGUCAACUUUGCUGGCAUAAUGGAGAAAGCUGAUGAGACUUUAUUACCUGGUGUGUACAAAGAAGUUGGAGAGGAUUUGCAUACUGAUCCAACUGGUCUUGGUUCACUUACUCUAUUCAGAUCAUUAGUUCAAUGCCUGUGUUAUCCAUUAGCUGCUUAUCUUUCUGCUCGUCACAACAGAGCUCAUGUUAUAGCUCUUGGUGCUUUUCUUUGGUCUGCUGCUACUUUUCUUGUUGCUGUCUCUUCUAACUUUACUGAGAUAGCAAUAUCUAGAGGAUUGAAUGGAAUAGGACUUGCAAUAGUCACACCAGCGAUCCAAUCUCUAGUUGCUGACUCAACGAAUGAUAGUAACCGGGGUACAGCUUUUGGAUGGCUACAACUAACAUCAAAUUUUGGCUCCACCCUUGGAGGCCUUAUAUCUGUGCUGCUAGCUGAAACAUCAUUCAUGGGGAUCCCUGGCUGGAGAAUAUCCUUCCAUCUGGUUGGUAUGAUUAGUGUUGCUGUUGGAAUUUCGGUCCGUCUCUUUGCCAGCGAUCCCCGCUUUCUUGACAGUGAUGGCAAUGCAAAAGAUCAACCUCCACCACAGCCAUUUCAAGAAGAAGUGAGACAACUGCUAAAAGAAGCAAAAGAAGUUAUCAAAGUACCUUCCUUUCAGUUACUUAUUGCACAAGGGGUUUCUGGGUCAUUCCCGUGGUCAGCAUUGUCGUUCGCCCCUAUGUGGUUGGAGCUUAUUGGCUUCUCUCACAAAGCAACAGCCUUCCUUUGGACUUCGUUUAAUGUUGCUCAGUCAUUUGGUGCAUUGUUUGGAGGAACAAUGGGGGAUGUCCUAGCCAAGCAUUUGCCUAAUUCUGGUAGAAUUAUUCUGGCCCAGAUAAGCUCUGGCUCAGCAGUUCCUUUAGCUGCAAUUCUGCUGCUGUUAUUGCCUUAUGAUCCUUCAACAGUUAUGACGCAUGGUUUAGUCUUAUUAAUCAUGGGAUUAUGCAUAUCAUGGAAUGCUCCAGCAACUAACAAUCCAAUAUUUGCAGAGAUAGUUCCAGAGAGAGCUCGAACUAGCAUUUAUGCUCUGGAUCGUUCUUUUGAGUCUGUAAUAUCAUCAUUUGCUCCUCCACUGGUUGGGAUUUUGGCGCAACAUGUUUUUGGUUUUAAACCAGUUCCAAAGGGAUCAACGGGCUCAGAGGAAAUUGCAACAGAUAGACAGAAUGCUGCUUCACUUGCCAAGGCGCUGUACACUGCAAUAGGCAUUCCAAUUGCUAUUUGUUGCUUCUUCUACUCCUUCCUCUAUUGCACUUAUCCACGAGACAGGGAUCGUGCUAGGUUGCAACAGACUGAAGAAACAGGUAAUUCUCCAUCUGAAGAACGGCAAGCCUUACUUGACGAUGAGCAAAGACUUCUUUCAGUUAGUUGAAUCUUGUGACAAGAUUUCAAACAUAUAUUUACAUAUAUCUAGGUACAAAGAAUAUAACAUGCACGAACUCUCCCGUAAUGUAGUAUUACGACAGACAAUUUAAAUGUUGAAUUGGCAACAAAAAAUUGAAUUCUUUUAAUCAAAGAUGUGAUAUAGUUUUGUGAACUGUAUAUGCUUAUGAAUUUCAAAUGGAAAUUACAAGAGAUUCUGUUAAUUAUGUAAUCUGGUAGCUUGUAUACAAUUCUAGUUGACUUAUCUUUCUGUGUAA